AGGUUGGUGUGACAGUGUUUGAAUACCAGCAGCACCGAUGUCCAAUCCAGGUUAGCUCCUUCCUCCUCCCCGUCGAACCAGUCCUCCCUCUCCGCCCACUGUUAGGCAAAUGGACGCGUAGAGAGCAGCAAGCCGGGGAGUAUAAAUGGGACGGAGAGCCGACGACCGCCUGUAAUGCUGCGCCGGGUGCGGCAGUCUUCUCUCCGGCAGGUGCUGUUUCUGAUGGCCCGGAGACCAGGGCUGCUCUGCGGGGCUGUGCUGCUCGGAGUCCUGCUGGUACUGGCCGUCAAGUUCACAUGCAGCCGUGCUAAGGAUGUGGUGGCAGCAGCUCGGCCUCCGGUGCGGUUCUUCUCUGCCGAGGCCCCGAUAGUGGAUCUCUACUUGGGUCAGCUAGACCAGGUGGAGCGGCUCCGCAGCGUGGCAGAGGUUUCUCUCAUCUUCUUCUAUGCACCGUGGUGUGCUCACUCCAUGGCUGCCAGACAGGAAGUGCAGCAGGUGGCUAAGAAGCUCGCUAAGCAGGUGCAGUUUGUAGCCGUUAACUGUUGGUGGAAUCAUGGGAAAUGUAGGAAGCAAAACCGCUUCUAUCAGUACCCCAUCAUCCAUCUGUUUUAUAGACGGUUUGGGCCUAUAGAGUACAAGGGUCCGUAUGUAGCUCCGUAUGUGGAGAGUUUUAUCCUCAAAGUCAUCACACCGCUCACUUACCUCCCGUCGAGAGACACACUCGAAGAGUUUCUCUCCUAUCACGAGCCUCGAGUGGUGGGCUUCUUCCAGUUUAACUCUUCUCCUCAGCCCCCAGGAUAUGUCACGUAUCUGUCCUCUGCCCUGCAGGCCCUCAAAAGGGAUUACCGUGGUGUCGUACGUUUCGGCGUUGUGACCAACAAACAGGUGGCAGAGGCCAUCUCUCUUAAAGAAGAUGAAACAGUUUAUCUCUACAGGAGAUUCAACUCCCCAUUGAUUUUCCCUCGAAGGGAACGCAACUUCACAUCAGAGGCCAUAUGUAGCUGGGUGUUUGAACACCGUGAGAAUGUCCUCCACUGGCUGCAGCCUCCAGGAACAAAGUCCCGUCUCCUAGAGCACGAGCUGACUAAAGGUCCGGCUCUGCUGCUGUUCCUGCCACACAACCCACUCGGGACCAAACCCAACCCAAUACUACAGCAGAUUGCAGACAUUGCUGUGCGUUAUCAUUCCUGUGACACUAACCCCUCCAGCUCAGAUGAAACCUUCCCCUCCCACUUGUGCUGCCAGUCAGUCCCUCUCCCAGAAUUGAGCACAAGUGUGUGUGAGGUCUGCCUCAGUCUGUCACCAUCAAGCCUGACCAGCUCCUCUGUGCGCUGCUCCUUCUCCUCCUCGACUCAGGGAGGAGAUGUGUUUCAGUCUUAUCUCCAACACUGCUGCCUACACCGACUGCCUGCUGUGUCUCUCAAAACCUCAACUUCCGUGGGCUGCAGCAACUUCCUGAGCAGCUACAGCCCGUUCAAUCAAUACAGUGCCUGCUGCAGAGAAGUAGAACCUCAACUCAAUGAAUCACAAGCCAAAGAGGAGCCGGACAUGCAAACGGCUCCCCUCACUCCUCCAUCUUCCCCCACUGCUCCACCCUCUCAGGAGGGAGGAGAUGACUUCACAGGGCUGCGCUGUCAGACCAACCGGACGCUCAGGUUCUACCUGCUGGACGUGGCUCUGAACUGGCCUCUGGCGGUGAGGCUCGGAGCCACGGGGAACAGAAGUGUUUCUCCUCACCGUGACGCCGGAGCACCGGGAGACGGGUCGUUUGCAGUCAUUGUGAACCUGAGGGACGAGGUGCAUUAUAUUCUCCACCGCAGCCCAGCAGCCACGCUGACGGAGUCUCUGGAGGCCUUCAUCAGGAACUUCAGCAAUCCUCACAGCCUCCUGCAGAGACAUUUGGUGGGAGAAGACGACCGGAAAGUUUGGGAGGGGGAAACUAAGCAUGCAGACACACAGCAUCGACCACCCCCUCGCCUCCUCAUCACUGAACUGACCACCGCCUCCUUCCUGCCCGCAGUCAUGGACGUAGAGAAGGAUGUGCUGCUCUUCUACUACACUCAGUGGUGCGGGUUUUGCUCCGUUCUCAACCACAUCAUCAUCCAGCUGGCCCGGCUGUUACAGGGAAACAGCUCCAUCACCGUGGCCAGGGUGAAUGUUGCCCGUAAUGAUCUUCCAUGGGAGUUCAUGGUGGAUCACGUCCCCUCUAUUCUGCUCUUUCCUAAAUACAGAAAACAUAAUAGUGUGAAGUAUCCCGACGACUUGCCCAUCACGUUACCCAACAUCCUUCACUUCCUGCUGCAGCACUCUGGCUCUGUCCAGCAUGCAAACAAACCCGGGUCAACGUCCAGCGACGCAAAGGGAGCGGAACAUAGCGCCGUCCUCCGAACAGAGUUUCUGGCCCUGCAGCGAGAGGUUCAGGCGCUGCGUCACGCCCGCGAACGCCUCUCCCAACAGCUGGCGCAGCUGUGGCGCGACAACCGGCGGCUGACGUUCGACGCCAUCGCGCUGGAAGCCCAGAACUCACAGCUGCAGAGAGAGAGGAUCAGCUUGGAGGAUCAGCACCGGGAGACGAGCCGGCAGCUGGGGGAGGCGGUGAGGCGGCUGCAGGAGCUGGUGGACACGUCUGAAAACCUGCUGAACAAGAACACGCUGCUCAGAGUCCUGCUGAGGGCGCUGAAGGACCGGACGGAGACCGAAGAGCAGGCAGAGGGGGGGGAGAGCAACGAGGCAGAACAGAAGAGAAGCCACAUGGCCUCCUGACCAUAAAUCUGCAGGGAAUUCUGAGGAGAGACACAGAGGAGAGGAGAGAGGGCCAGGGAACGCAGAGAGGACUGAAAUAGACGAGAACAAGGCGUGACUAGACCUGAGAUUAUGAGCAAAAUGAAGCCCUCAGUAGGGAGUCGUGUGAAACCCAAGAAGCUACAUGACAUAUUCUGUGUCACGGAACAGAGCGAAUGGGGAUGACAGAGAGGGUCUGUCAGAAGAGAAAGACUGCUGCUAAGUCAGCACAGAAGUAAGGACACACUUAGAGGAGAAGUACUGUGUUUUUCCACCUGGACCCUGUUUCCCCAUGUUUGUGUUUUAUAAAUGAGGACAAUAUUCUUUGAAAUUGGUCCAGUAUUGAGUGAGUGUGAUGGCAGCUGAUACUCAAUAACUUGGGAGUAAGCACUGUCGAUGUACUUCUACUAAAAUGCUUGUUUUAUAACCUACAGGCUCAGACUUUUAUUUGAAGUGUCUGAUAACCUGUUCAGAAGCGCCCACAGAGCAGAGAGAAAUAAAACCGUUUUCUUUACCUUUUUCUUUGCCCCCCCCCCCCCCCAUCAUGUUUGUGAUUGUGACUUGUAGAAAACGGUUGAAACGUUGGUUAAGAAAGGACAAACUGUGUUGUGCUGGACUACAGAAAGCUUGUUGUGUUAUCUCAAAGCUCUUCAGUGUCUCAUUCCUACAAUGUGGACGGGGCCUAACCCUCUGAGAAUAUUUCAAAACAUGACGCACAAUAACAAACACACCCAAUCCAACCCGAGGAGAAGAAACAUACUUCUCUUUUAGGACCUUUCCAUAAUGUUCUCAGACACUUGUACUUGCAUUUUCUACUCUAACUUAAUACUGGACCAAUCGUAGUUCAGUUUGACGCCACAACAUGGGAAAAUAGAGUCUAGGUUGAAAAACACCAAAGGGAACUAAGGUGGAGGAGUAGCAGUGUUUGUCGCAGAGAGGAAACUCCCAAGUUGUUGUAACGAUGGUGGUCUCAUCCACUCAUAGGAACAAACUAACGUGGGAACUCGGUGCCAACUCUGCUUGCAAAUCUUUCAUUUCUGUUGAAGGGUGAAGACGUUAUCUGAGUUAGACUUACUACAGCGACCCUGCAGCCAAAUUCUACAAACUCCCUGAUUUACUUCACAUAUAAAACAAGUACUAAAACAAUGACGUCUCAGAGAAGAGCACGGCUGGCAAUAAGUCAAAGCUGAUAUAUAAAUAUCUAUACAGCUUACAUGGUUGAUUAACUGUAAUGAGCAUUUCCACAGCACUUAUUCCAUCAGUAGAACAACAGAGCCGUCUUUGCCUUACUCAUGAUCAAUGUGACACUUAAGACUCAGCACUUCCUGGUGUUUUUCACAAUAAAAGUCCACAUAUAAGAGAAAGUAAGGAGGAGGUAGUUUCAUGUAUUGUAGUUCAACGUUGUGCAGGCUGACAUGGCUCUGAAAACACAGAUGGAAAUAAUAAUCUGGAAUAUUAUAUUGUGCCAAAAAUGGUUAACAUGUCAAAAAAUGUACUAAGGAAUAUGAGGAAAAUAGGUCACUGAGGUAAAUGAAUGCCUUUAAUACGCUGCUACACACAAAGAGAGAAUACCUUUUAAAAUCAGUUCCUCUACUUACCACUCCAGUACUUCUAAGUAGAUUCCGGUUUAUAAUUUGGCUGCAGGGUUAGAGGACUGAUAAUGAAGCUGAUUUAAUACUGAAGAUGAUCUGUUGGUGAGCCUCAGAGCACUUGAAAUGAUUUGCAAAAACGUUCUUGUUUUUAUUUGAAGGGGAUAGCGUUGUUUUGUUAAACUGAUCUAUUUUUUACAGGAAUCCUUGUGUCACUAAAAUAUGAUUUUCUUUGUAACUAUUCAGGUAUUAAGAAUGAAAUGCUGCAAUUGUUUACAUGUGAAAUAUUGCACCUGUUUUUACUGAUUAAAAAGAUCUUUCAUCUUAAA